AUGGCGAAGAGAGCCGCUGAGAACCCAGGUAACUCAGGAGAACCUUUGAAGGCCGGGGAUAGACCUGAAAAUGAUAUUACAGUCGACGAAGUCGGGGAAUUCGAAGAUGAGUAUGAAGAUGAAUACGAAAGUGAAGAUGAGAUUAUGGAAGCCGGAGUAGACGGAAGACCCGAUUCAGAGAGAGAAGCCGAAGAAAAGGAUGGAAUGAUGAGCAUCAAUCAACCAGCCUUCAUAGUCGGAAGAAACAAAUUGGAACCUGGCCAAACGUUAUCGCCCGAUCUUUCUACUUAUGAAAUGUUGCACUCAUUGAGCACACCUUGGCCUUGCCUCUCUUUCGAUCUUAUUAAGGACAACUUAGGCAGCGAUCGUAAAACUUAUCCUGCUACAAUGUAUGCUGUUGCAGGGACUCAAGCAGCACAAAAUCGAGAGAACGAAAAUCAGCUAUUAGUGAUGAAAUUCAGUGGCCUUAGUAGAAUGGAUAAAAAUCAAGAUGACGAGGAAGAAUCAGACAAUGAAGAUGAAGAUGCAGAUCCUAUAUUAGAGUCUUGCUCAAUUCACUUAGGUUCGGCUACCAACAGGAUACGUGCGCACCAAAUUCCGGCCACAGAUUCUUCGCGUCCUCCAACUACUCUCACAGCUUCUAUGACCGAAUCUUCUCAGAUUCUUAUUCAUGAUGUAACUCCUCAUCUCACUUCUUUUGAUACACCAGGCAUCAUAAUAAGCCCCUCGCAAAAUAAACCACUGUCCACACUUCGAAUGCACCAAUCGGAAGGAUACGCGAUUGAUUGGUCACCUUUAGUUUCUACCGGCAAACUUGUAACCGGAGAUAACGAUGGCAAAAUUUAUGUUACGACAAGAUCGAGCGGAGAAGGCUGGUCAACAGAUACGAGACCGCUUAUUGGACAUACUGGUAGCAUAGAAGAACUCCAAUGGAGCCCCUCUGAACGCAACGUUUUUGCAUCAGCUUCAAGCGAUGGAACCAUAAAAGUCUGGGAUGUGAGAAGCAAAAGUAGGACAGCAGCUUUAAGUGUGCAAGUGAGCAAUUCUGAUGUAAAUGUCAUGUCCUGGUCCCAUCAAACAUCUCAUCUGCUUUCAUCAGGAGCUGAUAAUGGUGAGUGGGCUGUAUGGGAUCUUCGUCAAUGGAAGCCUAAAGCUACUGCGUCUACGUCCUCAAAACCUUCGGCUGUUGCCAGCUUCAAAUUUCAUAAAUCUCCAAUAACUAGCAUCGAGUGGCAUCCGAGAGAUGAUAGUAUUGUAGCUGUCGCAGCUGCGGACGAUACAGUCACUUUGUGGGAUCUAGCGGUUGAGCUUGAUGAUGAAGAAAGCAAGGAUACUGGAGGAUUAUUAGACGUUCCUCCCCAGUUAUUGUUUGUUCAUUACAUGGUAAAUGUGAAGGAAUUACAUUUUCACCCUCAAAUACCUGGCUGUCUAGUUGGUACUGGCGAGACAUUCAACGUCUUUAAGACUAUCAGCGUAUAA